AUGGAUUAUCCUCUGGAUUUCAGGUGCCCCAUUUCAAUGGAGGUCAUGGAGGAUCCGGUCACCAUUGCAACCGGCAUGACGUACGAGCGCAAGAACAUCGAGAAGUGGUUCUUUGCCUACAAGAAGAAGACCUGCCCCGCCACGAUGCAGAGCGUCGAGAGCUUUGGCAUCACACCGAACCACACCCUCAAGAGGCUCAUAAUCACGUGGCAAAGCAAAGGGGGGCCUGGAACCCCCUCGUCGGAGUCCCGUAAAUCAACUGAGAGGCACGAUGAGAUCGUAAGCUUACUCGAGGCACUGGAGUCCUCCCCCUUCAAGGUCACCUCAUUGAAGAAGCUCAGGUCGAUGAUCGAGACGGACGAUGAGGCAAAGGCCGACUUCGUCCAAUCCGGAGGCAUCGGGAUCGUUGUCCAGAUUGCAAGCCAGGUCCUUGAGGAUGGAUCGGAUUUCAGCAUCUUCCGAGCAUGCGAAGAGGCCCUCGGCGUUUUGCACCAGCUCUCAUUGUCCACAGAAGCGAAGACCCUAGAGACAUUAUCGAAGCCCGAGGCUGUGAAGUGCGUCACGGCAAUGCUUCAAAGAGGGAGCGCGGAGGCGAGGAGUCACGCCAUCAUCAUCCUCCGGAAUAUGGCUCAAAGCGAGACGCAUUGGACUUUUAUCCUACAAGACCAUGGCAUAGAUCUAUUCAAGUCCUUGUUGGAACUCGUUUCGGACGAGAUAUGCACAAGGGCCAGCUCAUACGCCCUGGAGGUCCUUGUUGAGAUGCUCUCUGCAUCGAAGAAGAGCCGAGUGAGGGCGAUUGAGGCGGGUGCCGUCUGUGUUCUAGUGGAGCUAUUGCCUGAAUCGAACCGAUCCAAAAGUGAGAAGAUACUGAUGUUGUUGAAGCUUCUAUGUGAAUGCGCAGAGGGGAGAUUGGCCAUGGUGGAUCACGGGAUGGGGAUUGCCGCCGUGACCAAGAAAAUGCUUAAUGUCUCGAACGCAGCGACAAAGCUCAGCGUGAAGAUCCUGUGGCUGAUCGGCAGCUUCCACCCGAGCGAGAGGGUCUUGGAGGAAAUGCUGAUCUACGGGUCGGUGAAGAAGCUCUUGGCGCUCCUGCACAUAGACGGUCGGUCGUCGACAAAAGAGAAGGUCAUCAAGAUGUUCAAGAUGCAUUGCAACUCGUGGCAGCGUUGCCCUUGUUUCCCUAAUGAAAUGAAGGACUAUUUGGGAAUGGUAAAUAGUGCUUGA